AUGUCUGAUAAGGAUGAAGACGUUGUAAUGUCUAGUGGAGAUGACGAACAUCUUUACGGUAAUGUUGAAGACUUGAAAUUGAUGAUUGGUGAUGAUGAAGAUAAUAUGAAUGAGGAUGAUAACUUAUUGUUUAGUGAUAGUAGUGAUGAAGGAGAUGUGGAUGCUUUAUUGCAAGAAUUCUCUGAUCUAGGUGAGGUUUCCGACGAUGAUGAUGAAGAAGAUUUCAUGGAUGCAAUUAGAGAAGCAAACAAUUUUAAGACCAAGAAAAAGAAGAAAUCAAAGGGUAAGAAAUCUGAAAAGACCAAAAAAGGACCAAAACCACGCAGAGAACGUGUUAUUGACCCUGAAGUAGCUCAAUUGAUAUCUGAAGCUAAUGAAGCCUUUGUUAGAAACGAUCUAGUAGUAGCAGAACGUCUAUUUAAUGAAAUUAUUAAAAAAGAUCCAAGAAAUUUUGCAGCUUACGAAACCCUGGGUGAUAUUUAUCAAAUUCAAGGACGUCUAAAUGACUGUUGUAAUUCUUGGUUUAUCGCCGCUCAUUUAAACUCUUCAGAUUGGGAAUUUUGGAGAGUUGUCGCAGCUUUAUCUGCAGAUUUGGGUCAUGCAAGACAAGCUAUUUACUGUUAUUCUAGAGUAAUAAAUAUACACCAUGAUGACACUGAAGCUGUAUAUCGUAGAGCUGUGCUUUAUAAAGAUAUUGGUCAGAUUGGUAGAGCUUUGGAAGGUUUUCAAAAACUUUACGUACAUAACCCUUAUGACCCAAAUAUUUUACGUGAAUUGGCAGUAUUAUAUGUUGAAUAUAAUAGAAUCAAUGAAGCUAUAGAUUUAUACACCAAAAUCUUUCAACAAAAUGUGAAAAGAAGAAAGGCUAUCAUUGCCGCCUCUGAAAGCGCUUUGGAAUCUUCAGAUGAAGAAUCCUCCAAUCAAGAUUAUGAGGAAGAAGAAGAAAUCGGAAAUGAGGAGGAUGAAGAAAGAGGAGAGUAUUUUGACGAAGAAUUAUUAGAAGACAAAUUAUUAUAUCCUGAUAUAAAUUGGAAAAAAAUUAAAAGAAAAUACAAGUGUAUUAAUUUUGAUUGGUCUGCAUUAAAUAUUUUAACAGAACUUUUCUUAAAAUCAUCUUCUUCAGGACUGUCAGGAAUAAAAUUGAUUAAAAAAUGUGCAAGGUGGAUCCAACGUCGUGAACUUCAGACAUUUUGGGAUGAUGUAACCGACGAUUCCGAAUUUGACAGUAGAAGACUGAAUAAUGGUAGAUUUGACGCAUUAUCUGACGCUGAAAAGUCAAAAUCAUAUAGUUUACCAAUUGAUAUUAGAAUCAGACUUGGUCUCUUAAGAUUGGGAAAUGAUCAAUUAUUAGAAGCAAUGAAUCAUUUCCAAUUUUUAUAUGAUGAAGAUUUUGUUGAAAUUACAGAUUUGUAUUUUGAAGUUGCAGUGGCUCUAGCAAAAGCAGAAAAGUAUAAGGAAUCAAUUGAUUUCUUUAGACCAUUGAUGAUGCUACCUGAAUAUCAAAAUAAUGAAAUGUACCGACCAUUAUGUAAAUGUUUUAAAGAAGUUGAAGAGUACGAAUUAGCAAAAGAAUAUUAUUUAAAAUUAAUUACGCAAGAUCCGACUGACAUCGAUGAUAUUCUAAACUUAGCAGAGGUAUAUUAUCAAUUAGGUGAAAGAGAAGAGUUUCAUAAGUGGUUCCUAGAGGCUGUGGAAUUAAGGAAACGUCAAGAUGAAGAAAUUUUGAGUAUUGCGAAACAAGUUUCCCAAAAAAAAGAUGAAACCAAUAAAACAAAUGAAGAUGUUUCUUCGAAACCUUUAUUAGAAGACAGCAUGUUUAGACAAUCAAACUUUAAAAAGAAGAAAACACCACAAGAUGCAGAAAGAGAAAGAGUUGAACGUGAGAGAAAAAUUACCACCAAAGUAACUGAUAUGUACAAUAAACAAAUACAGAUAAGGCAAAAAAUUGAAACAGGUGAUGAGAAGCAAGUCACAUCAUGGAUUGACAUUGUUUCUGACUUGAUUGAUAUAUUUUCUAGUGUCAAGAAUUUUUUUAUUAAAAGUCGUUCUAAAAAGUUUGUUGGUAUUAUUAGAAGAGCAAGAAAAUUUAACAGAAUUAUUGAUUAUAAAAUAGAAAGGUUAUCCAAGCUUUCUGAAGGUGAAAAUCUGUUAGAUGGUUUCCCAUUUAUGGAAGAAAGAGUUAUAUUAACGUCUACUACUGAAUUAAGAGGUCUGUCGUAUGAUCAAUGGUUUGAAUUAUUUAUGGAUUUAGCCUUAACAAUCUCCAAGUAUCAAAGCAUAGAAGAUGGUCUAAGUGUGAUCGAUACCGCACAAGAAGUUAAUGUUUUUUUUCAAGAUCCUGAUAGAGUAAAAAUGAUGAGAUUUGUAAAAUUAGCAAUUGUCUUAAAAACUGAGGACGAGGAAGAAUUGACAGAGAAUUUAAGAGGGUUAUUAAAUCAAUUCCAGUUCAAUAGAAAAGUUUUACAAGUUUUCAUGUACAGUUUAGCAAGAAAUCAAACAUCUUUUGAAAUUUUAACUUCUACAGUGCAACAAAAAUUCUUUUUAAGACAAUUAAAAGCGUUUGAUAGUUGUCGUUAUAAUACGCAUGUUAACGGUCAAGCAUCGAUAACAAAUAAAGUAGUUGAAAAUCCUGAAAAGAAAAGUUCACCCUAUCUAUAUUAUAUUUAUGCGAUACUAUUAUACUCUAGCAGAGGUUUUCUAUCUGCUUUGCAAUAUUUGAACUGGUUAGAAAAAGAUAUUCCAAAUGAUCCAAUGAUGAAUUUGUUAUCAGGGCUCUCGCAUCUCCAUCGUUCUAUGCAAAGAUUAACUGCAAAUAGACAUUUCCAAAUCCUUCACGGUCUGAGAUAUCUAUAUAAAUACUAUGAUAUCCGUAUGAAAAAUUAUUCAGAUUUAGAGAAACAAGAAGCUGACUAUAACAUAGGACGUGCAUUCCAUCUACUAGGAUUGGUCUCCAUCGCUGUUCAAUAUUAUCAUAAGGUUCUCGAGGCUUAUGAUGACGAUAAGUUGAAAAAACACGCUGCUUAUAAUUGUAUUAUAAUUUAUCAAGAAAGUGGGAAUAAUAAACUAGCAGAUCAUCUAAUGAAAAAAUAUUUGAACAUUUAA